UUUUAGAAACUUGAAGCUCUUUUUUUUUUUUUUUCCUCUCUUUCUGUGAUGUCAAUGGCACUCUCUCAGCUAAGCCACUCUCUGGAAAAUGAACUGAAAGGUGCUGAAGACUCAGAAUUUCCUCUGAAGGAAAUUGGAAAUGAAGGUCUCACAAAACGGAUUCUCAGAAAAGGAGUCACUUGGCAAACUCCAUUCUCUGGAGAUGAAGUGGAAGUUCAUUUCAAUGGACAAGUUGAAAACGGAGCAUCUCUUGAAUCCAGUUAUGAUAAAGGGUCCCCGUUUCGUUUCAAACUAGGCCAAUGUGAAGUUAUCAAAGGUUGGGAUGAAGGAGUUGCCACCAUGAAGAAAGGGGAGAGAGCAAUCUUCAAAAUACCACCUAACUUGGCAUAUGGGGAAGAAGGAUCCCUUCCAUUGAUUCCUCCCAAUGCAACUCUCAUUUUUGACAUUGAAAUGCUGUCUUGGAGUAGCAUAAGGGAUUUGACUGGCGAUGGAGGAGUCAAGAAAAAGAUAAUACGGGAGGGAGAAGGAUGGGCAACUCCCAGAGAAGCUGAUGAGGUUCUAGUGAAAUAUGAAGCAAGACUAGAGAAUGGGAUGCUUGUCUCCAAGUCUGAUCAGGGUGUGGAGUUUAAUGUAAGUGAUGGCUAUCUAUGUCCUGCCAUGAGCAUAGCAGUAAAGACAAUGAGAAAGGGCGAGGUGGCAGAACUAGCUAUGAGAUUCUGUUACGGACUCAGUCAAAAUUCAAGUAGAAUCACUGAGCUAGAAGGUGUUCUUCCACCAGAUUCAAAUUUAACUAGCAUCAAGCUUGAGCUGGUAUCAUGGAAAAUUGUUGCUGAUGUCACAGGAGAUAAGAAGAUACUGAAAAAAAUUAAGAAUUUGGGUGAGGGGUUUGAUCGCCCUAACGAGGGAUCCCAAGUGAAAGUGAUAUAUUUGUGUAAAGGGGAAGAUGGUACGAUUAUUGAGAGCAAAGGAUCAGAGGAAGAACCUUUUGAGUUCACAACUCAAGAAGAACAGGUACCUGAGGGUCUAGAAAGAGCAAUAAUGACAAUGAAGAAAGGAGAGCAAGCUCUGGUAACUGUGGAUGCUGAAUAUUUGUGCGACUAUAAUAAUUCAAAGGGAAACACAGCUAAUAAUAAAGUCCUUUAUUAUGAAGUUGAGUUGGUUGAUUUCGUUAAGGAAAAACCAUUUUGGAAAAUGGAUACACAAGAGAAAAUAGAAGCUUGUGAGAGGAAGAAGCAUGAUGGAAAUCUGCUGUUCAAGGUUGAAAAUUUCAGGCACGCAUCCAAGAAAUAUGAAAAGGCUGUAAAAUACAUUGAGUUUGAUCACUCAUUCAGUGAAGAUGAGAAGUGUCGUGCUAAUACCUUACAUUUAUCCUGUAAUUUGAACAAUGCUGCCUGUAAACUUAAAUUGGGGGAGUACAUUGAAGCUUCAAGACUAUGCACAAAGGUCCUAGAACAAGACCCUUUAAAUAUAAAGGCUCUUUACAGAAGAUGCCAAGCAUACUUGAAAACAUCAGACUUGGAGAAAGCUGAGGCUGACAUUAAAAGAGCUUUGAUUAUUGAUCCAAAUAACAGAGACAUUAAACUUGAGUACAAAGAGCUGAAACUUAAGCAAAAGGAAUACAGUAGACAUGAAGCUGACAUCUUCAGCACAAUGCUUUCAAGAAUGAACUAGUUUAGAAGGUGAAUUUGCGGUCCAAAGUAGAAAUACCUCUGUACUGUAUAACAUUUUGCGUUCCAAAAUAUCUAUUAAUUUUGAUUUCUAACUAUACACCUCUGAACUUGCUGACGUGAGAUAUAUAUAUAUAUAUAUGCUAUAAUAGACUGCACUGCUAUUUAGGUUCA